ACAUCCAAAAAUAUAUCCAUAUUAGUGUUUUAUUAGAUUGUUUUGAAUCUUUAAAUAUAAAUUUUUUCUCUAUUUUUCCCAAAUUUUACAAUUAUAAAAAUAAAACAAUCAUUUUUGCUACAAAAAAAAAAUGAAGAUUAAAAUUUGUGAUGUGAUAAAAGUGGCCAUAUUUAUAUUAUUAUUUUCAUUUACAUUUUUAUCAUUGAUUAUAAUUUGUCGUACAUUAUUAGUACAACAAUAUAUGGUCAAUUCAUAUUGUCCAACAAAUGAAAAUUAUAUACCAUUAUAUGGUAUUAAUCAUAAAGCAAUUACAGCUGAACGUGGUAUAUUCGAACGAUUACAGGAUUCAUUAAAAAUUCGUACAAUAACAAGACGUCCAAAAAAUUAUGAUCGUAAUGAAAUAUUAAAAUUUCAUCGUUUUCUAAAUUCAAGUUUUCCAUUGAUACAUUCAUCACCAUCAGUAGAAUUAACAAUUGUAAAUGAAUUAAGUCUUUUAUAUAGAAUAAAUGGAUCGAAUCAACAAUUAAAACCAUAUUUAUUAUUAGCACAUAUGGAUGUUGUACCCGUACAAGAAGAUAUGUGGGAUUUUCAUCCAUUCGAAGGCCAAAUUUUUAAUGAUUAUAUUUAUGGUCGUGGUGCAUUAGAUUUAAAAAGUGUUGUUAUGGGUAUUAUGGAAUCAUUGGAAUUUAUAUUGGAAAAUAAAAAUCCAAUCAUACGAUCAUUUUAUAUUGCUAUCGGUCAUGAUGAAGAAGGUCGUGGAUUAGAUGGUGCAGCACAAAUAGCUAAAUAUAUGAUUGAAAAUAAUAUGGAUAAUGUUGAAUAUAUACUUGAUGAAGGACCAUACAUAUUUCGUAAUGCAAUACCGGGUGUUAGUCGUGAUGUAGCGAUGAUUGGUGUUGCUGAAAAAGGUUUGGUUAAUAUAAAAUUAAGUACGGAUGGUGCUGUUGGACAUUCAUCAUUACCACCCAAACAGACCAGUAUUGUUCGUUUAGCUAAAGCUGUAUCUAAAUUAAAUGCCGAUAGUCAUCCAAAUCUGUUUGGUCAUGGACCGGAAAAAGAUAUGAUUGAAUCAUUAGCACCAUAUUGUUCAUUACCAUAUCGAAUAAUGUAUACAAAUCUAUGGCUAUUUUCACCAUUAGUGGCUAAAUUACUUGAAAAUGAUAAAUUAAUGAAUAGCUUUAUACGGACAACUACAGCUGUAACGAUAUUUACCAGCGGAAUCAAGGAUAAUGUAUUACCGGGUAAAGCUGAAGCAAUUGUAAAUCAUCGUAUUUAUCCAUUAAAUCGUGUUGAAGAUGUAUUAAGACGUGAUAUUGAAAUAAUUAAUGAUGAUCAGAUUAAAGUUGAAGUGUUAGGUGUUGCCAUACAACCACAUCCAAUAUCAUCAUAUGGUCAUGAUUCAUUUGGUUAUCAAACAAUACGACAAAGUAUACAACAGGUAUUUCCUGAUAUUGCAAUCAUACCGGGUAUUAUGUAUGCUGCAACCGAUACACGUUGGUAUCUAAAUUUUACAAAUAAUAUUUAUCGUUUUUCACCCGGUUAUAUUACAUUGGAACAAUUUUCAAUUGUACAUGGCCAUAAUGAACGAAUAUCAAAAGAUAACUACUUAAAAUUAGUUAAUUUUUAUCAUCAUGUUAUUAUGAAUUCGAAUGAUGCUCAAGUAGAUAUUGCAUUUUUUAAAGAUGAAUUCUAAAUUCUGAAAAAUAAAAAAUAAAAAAACGAAAACAAAAUUUCAUUUUUUUGUUUGUUUGUAAUUCUCAUCAUCA